CCAAAGACUACGGUCUGUUCAACACCGUCUACGAGACUAGCUCCGGUCAACAAAGCUAGGUCGCACAAUAACAGCUAUAUCGACAGUAUUCUUCUUUCACAUGAGACUUCAUAAUCUUCUCCUAGUCAGCCUGAAGAUCAGCGUUCACACAUGAUGCAGAGCGAAAUGGAUUAUGAUGUAGGCAUGACUGAUGCACCGGAUAGCAGCUCGCUUCACAUGCUUUCCGCCGCUGACAGGGCCGCCAUCGGACAAGCACCUCCAUUGGAGGAUCAAGAAUGUGAUCAAGACGCGGUUCCUGCCUCAAACAAAAUUCAUAUACGCGGUGUCGACACUCUAUCUUCCGACGACGUCAUAACGUUCGUGAAAGAACACUGCGGCCCAGUGUCCAGGAUUGAAUGGAUCGACGAUUCAAGCGCCAAUCUCGUGUUUCCAUCCAAGCACGAGGCGCGAGAUGCGUUUCUGUCUUUGAGUGAGGCUUCGCCUGACAUGGAGAAACUAGCUGCCUUCGAGACCAUUCCGGCGAAGGCCAUGUCCUCCAAGCCCAACGUUCAAAUACACAUCCGUUUCGCGCUUACAAGCGAUAAAAAGAGGCCAGGAGCCUCUGCCCGAAGCCGCUAUUACCUGUUCCAUCCAGACCAAGACCACGCAGGGAGGAUCAGGCGCGAUAGGAUAAAAUACCGUGACCGUGGAAGUGGAAACUCCCAUCGGAGAAACGUCAAGAGGACUCCCUCGAGACAUGUGGAGGAUAUCGAAACAUUCAAUUCCGAUCUUUAUGAUGACAAAGAAACACACGCCUAUGGUGCAGGCCGGAACCAAAACGGAGGGAGGCCACAGGAAUAUGACUUCGAUAUCAGACCAGGCCGCGCUGAUUCGUGUCGAAAUGAGGACAGGGAAUUAUUCCCGAAUCGCCAGUCUUUCAGACUUUCACAACCGGGACGAAACAGAUCGGCAUCACCUCAGCAGUCACGAACAAGAAAUGCAAAGAUGGCGGACGUGAGGGAUAGGAACAUGAGGACUGUCGGUAGAGCCAUUGCUUCUGUGCCGAGCCAGCAGUUGGUGAAGAGCAACGCUUCAAAGGAACUCUUCCCGGCCAAAGUCACCUCCAGCGGAGGAAAAGCCACGGAUAAGCCGGAUAUGGCAGCCCACACGAGACUCUCGCAACGGACAAUUUCAUUAGGUGGUGAGAGUGGGGUUGGCAACUCAACGACAACCGCAGAGUCCGUAAGGAUACGAGGUAUGGCAAAUCAGGAGGCGGACAAUUUCGAGUUCGCGAUAAAGGGCGUCGCAGGCAAAAAGGUCACGGAGCUGUUUCCCGAGAAGCUCAGAGCAAACAACGGCGGUAGGAAACGAUACGCUAAUAAACACGAAAACAUGGAUUGUUCCAAACGGAACACCGACGACAUGUUUUCGUCGGAAAUGUCUCGCGAUUAGUGUAAACUAGCAACUCCCCACUUUAUAGCACGGAACAAUUGGACAAGUGUCACGAAACAUAGGAUAACCCAAUGCAAGCCAAAGACUGAAUGGCAGUGGUCGAUAACAAGAAUACCGAAAAUUCAAGGGACUCGCCGGGGUGCCUGGACGUCCUAGUCGAAGGCCUAUGGCUAGUCGGUCUAUAAUAUAGCGAAUGACAUCUUGACAUAUACACUCUGUUGAAUAGACGGUAGUUUUUACGGUUAUAUAAGGC